AGUAGGCUCCAAAGGCUCAAGCCAGCGCCAGCCCUGCUCUGCUCAUGGCGCCUGAAAACACCCUGCGACACGACGUCCGUCUGGAUGCGCUGCCCAGCUGCCUGGCCGCUGCAAAGGUUCAGUUGCACUUGCUGGAAAGCGCCAUCUUGAAGACCGAGCAGGAGCUUGAGGCCAGCCGAGCAAAGGCAUGCAAAAGCUUGUGCCACUCUCCAGUGACUCCAGUGCAAGUCGUUUGCAUUGAUGAGGAGUGGGGUAGUCCCUGGGCUGCCACCUUGGCGCAGACAUCGACCAAGCUUUGUGGCUUUCGGGAGGCACGACAUCGCCUGCUAAAUCGCAUGCGGGAGCUCAGCCUUGAGGAUCCCAGAGCCUUAGCUGAUGAGCUGCUUGUUCAGACCAGCGACGUGGAGGAGCAACUGCGCUGCAGGGCCACGGAUACCGCGGUGAAGAUCUUGAAGGACUUGCUGAUGCAAAGCUUGGAUGACCAGGCGCAGCUGCGUUCCAAGAACCAUACGCUGGAGAGCCAGAAGGCCGAACUGAGCAAAAGCGAGGCGGUGUGGCAGGAACGUGGUCAGCAACUUGAGCAGCUCAAGGAGCACCUAGAGGCUGAGCUGCAGGCCGAGCGGUGCGAACGGGUGGCUGAGCAAGCUGCGCUGGAGAGGGUGAGGUGUAGGCAGGUGGAGCUGGAGAAGGAGAACGCCAUCUUGAAGGAGCGUUGCCUACAGCAAGAGUUGAACGUGAAAAGGCUGGAGGAGCAGAAUGACAAGAUGAGGGGCAACCUAUUCUGGAAAGAUGUCACCUUUUGCGACCGAUCUCUUACUGCAAUGCGAGAUGAACGCCACCCCUCAGAAGAUGACGUGUCCGUUGCCAGCGACCUUUCUUCUUGGGUUUGCAUUGCCAAGAGCCAGCCUUCCUUUUUCCUGGCUGAUGUGACCUUUAAGCCUGUGACUGGUGGACGAGCUUUACAGGCUUCAGAGCUGAGCAAAGGUUGCCGCCUGCUGGCGCAAGAUGGGCAAACGGUCUUGGAGGUGCUCGAUGAUCCUGAGGAGGCUUUCACCUCAGAGGUCUUAGAACUUUGGGCUGGGGACGUGAUCUUGCAGGUUGUGCCUGACCACUCCAUUUCCGUUGUUGAGGGCAUCAAGAAAGCCAGUGAACUCAGGGCAGGAGACUUAGUCAUGGUCGAUGGCCGUCCUGCAGCUUUGAUCCGAGUGGAUGCCAAGAGCAUGCCGCAGCCUGUCCCGGCCGUAAAGGUCACCUUGAGCCCUGAGCAUGUUCCUGCAGCGCUCUUCAGCCGCCGCCUGAGUGAAGAAAGUCCCUUUUCUGCGGCAGUUUGAGGCGCGAGCUGUGGAAGAGAUGCCAACAAGGUACAAACAGCCAA